AUGGCCUCUUCAUCACCAAGAAUGCUCACCGUCGAUGAGCUCAACAAGCAUGCUCUCGAGCAAUUCAUCUACCAACCAGUCAGCCGCGAAAUGGUCUCGUACCUCGCCCACGCCGCCCACAACGUCAUCUCCUGCGACUCUACACGCAUGCCUACGCAACAAGACACCAGCGCGCAGCAUUAUGGUCAUCCCACUCCGCCCGAAAGCCCCGAGUCUGUUUCUAUUCAGCCUGCCGAUGGCGGCCUUCCCACUGUCGAGGAGUUUAUCACCCAACUCGUAACGUCCUCCAACGUCCAGGUUCCGACUCUCAUGUCCACGCUCGUCUAUCUCACCCGCCUAAAGUCCAAGCUCCAGCCCAUGGCUCGCGGCCUUCGAUGCACCACCCACCGCAUCUUUCUCGCUGCGCUCAUUCUCGCCGCCAAGUAUCUCAACGACUCGUCUCCCAAGAAUAAGCACUGGGCCAACUACACCCGCAUUAAGAACCACGCUUAUGUUUUUGGCUUCAACAGCCACGAGGUCAACCUGAUGGAAAAACAGCUUCUUUUCCUUCUUGAGUGGGAUCUUCGUAUUGUCGAGCAUGACCUUUACCGAGAGCUCGACUUCUUCCUCGAGCCUUACCGCCAUAAGAUUGCCCACGCCCACGCCAAGCGCAUGCGCCACCGUGAAGAGAAGCGUCGCCAACAGGAACUCUAUGCCGCCGCCGCCGCCGCCGCCGCCUCUGCCGCCGCUCGCUACCCCAGCCCGCAUUCAUCCCGUGGCCAGUCUCGAUCCCGCCAUGCUAGCCCUGACAGCCGUCUGGCCGCUGCCCGUGCUGGUUCCAUCACGCCUCCCGGCCUCACAUACAGCAGCUCCGCAAGCUCCUAUGCCUCGUCGGUCGCCUCUGCUUCGAGCAGACAACACUCGCGCUCCACCACACCUCUUGAGUCUGAGACGGAUCCCUUUGUAUACCAGGCACCUCUCCACGACAGCCUGUACGACUCCCCGGUCGAGUUGUCCAUGGACAAGGACGCCAUUACCGCUUCGACCCGCACUCUCAAGCCGACACCCAGCCGACUGCAUCUUCACGACAUGACCAAUGACCAUUAUCAGCAGAUUCAAGACGGCGCCGGCAAGAAGCGUCUUCGCCGCGGCAUGUGGAGCCGUUUGCUUGGUGGCACAGUGGCCGUGCGAUGA